AUGUGGCCCACACGCGCUUUGUGCUACAUCACGAUUCAAUCAAAACCAAGCAUUUCGUCGUUACUCUAUCCUUUUCAUCCUCACAUAUUCAAUCUUUAUUUACUCCCUCCUCUGCCUACUCUCCAGCGAGGGCAGAUUUCGGAUGCCGGCAUCAUGGAUGUCGUUCUAUCCCGCCUCAGCACACAGUUGCUCUCCCCACUGAGCACAGAUGAGCUGCUAUUUCGGGAACCUCCAGCGUCUCUCAGCAGCCUCCGCAUUGAUAAUUCCGAGACUGAAUGGAUAGCUCGAGUUUCCGAAUUUGCUCGUUCUGGUAUUCUUCAGGGUGCGCUUCUCGCUACAUCAGCAGCUUGGCUGACAUUUCGUCUUGUUCGGCAUCGCAAGAGCACCGUUCCAGCCAGUAGAGCAAAGGCUUCAUCCAUCAAAUGGCCCUACGAAAUUGCGUCGCAGGCCUCGCGCAUUGCCUCGCUAGUCUUUUUGACCUUGGCUUUCAUCCAGGGGCGUGUGCAUUUGCUUAACGUAGUUGUCGUUGCCUACGCCUUUGUUCUCGGCUUGUUACGCCCCAUCAAUGAUCUCAAUUGGCGCCAUGUAGCUCUCCAUCAAAUCAAUUACGUCCUGACCGCCACGUUCUUCGUCUUAGUGGCCGCGCAGCUGCUCCCUUGUAUUCAAGUCGAAACGGACCAAUGUAUUACAACCACCAGCGUUAUCGGCUCCCUAUCUUCACUUGCUGCAGCAAUGCUUAUCGCCUUGGCCACUCCCAGAGAGUGGGUUCCGCCAGUAAUCAAGCAUGACUUCCCAGGCUACGCAGAAGAUAAUGAGCCUGCACCCGAAGAGACCUGCAGCUGGCUCAACUAUUACUUCACCUAUGAAUGGCUGACACCUCUCGUGUGGAAGGGCACUAGGCAAAAACUUGACAUGUCUGGUAUCCCGACACUAGCUUGGUACGACGAGCCCCUGUACUUACUCCAAAAGAUCCAGAAAGCUCGAUCACUAGCCGGGAAGACGUUGUGGACGGCCCUGCGUUUUCAGCGCAAAGAGUUGCUGUUGAUGGGCUUCUGGGCAAGCGCUGCUUUUACCAUGGAGAACGUCUCUCCGUACGGCAUGUUUCGGCUUUUGGAUUACAUCUCCAACCCUGACAACGCAAGCUACCACCCCUGGGUAUGGCUCAUUCUCACAUUUACUGGUCCCUUGUCACGAUCAGUCCUAUUCCAGCAGUACGUCUUUAACUCGACUAGAUUGAUUGUCCGAGUCAAAUCUGCCAUGACCCAAGAACUGUAUCACAGGGCCUUGGGGUCAAUGGAACUGGAGGAAGAUCCAUUCGAUCUCAAGGGGGGAAGUGCUAACAAGGGGAAAGAGGGCCAAAACACCCAAAAAUCAACAUCUGCUGGUCGCCUGGCCAAUCUGAUGGCUGCCGACGUGGACGCUGUAUUUCGAGCACGAGAUGUAAUUUUGGUUACUACAGGUGUUCCCGCCGGAACAAUCAUCUCUCUCUUUGGUCUGUAUAGAAUGAUGGGUUGGGUGUCCCUUGUUGGUACCGCCGUGCUGCUGCUCGCAACCCCCUUAUCCAUAUAUAUGGGUAGGAUGAUGUAUGGUGCGCAAAGACGAGUGAGAAAAGCCCAAGAUACACGUAUCUCUCUUGUUGCCGAGUAUCUAGCUUCUAUCCGUGCCAUCAAGUACUUUGCUUGGGAGGAUCCCUCCACAGACCGAAUUAUUGCGUCCAGGGCAGCGGAACAAAAAGAGCUGUGGCGCGUGGCCGUUUUGCAGACCUUGGUUAACCAAGUCACGCAGAUUUUCCCAUAUAUCGGUCUGAUAGUGAUGCUUGGUCUGCACGUUGGAGUAGAAAAGCAUCGUCUCGAUGCUUCCACUGCGUUUACUGCUGCCUUUCUCGUGAAGAAUAUCCGUAGAAACAUCAUGAUGGCCAGCGCCUUUUCAAGAAACUUUGCCGCCGCGAGCGUCGCCUUUAACCGACUGGACACAUAUUUCGAGAACACUACGCCUCUCAUUCGAUAUCCGGUAGGGCCAUUGAGGAUUGAAGGCGCUUCAUUCCGCCGGAAUAAAAAGGCAACCUUCCACCUGGAAGAUAUCUCACUAGACUUUGUCGAAGGCGGCCUCAACGUCGUCACUGGCCAGAGCGGGAGUGGCAAGAGCACACUCUUACUCGCAAUCCUUGGCGAAACUCAUCUAGAAGGCGGAAAAGUCACAGCACCUAGCGAUAUUGCGUUCGCUUCCCAGUCCGCUUGGCUUCAGAACGAAACCAUCCAAGCCAAUAUCCUCUUCCAAAGCCCCAUGGACCGUGCUCGGUACGACAGAAUUAUUGAAGCUUGCUGUCUCAACGUAGACUUCAAGGAGCUAUCUGACGGCGAUUUGACUGUCGUGGGCGAGAAUGGUACUUCACUGUCUGGAGGCCAAAAGGCUAGAGUUGCGCUGGCAAGAGCUUUGUACUCCCAAGCAUCUCUACUGCUCCUAGAUGACAUCUUUUCUGCUCUCGACGCAAAGACUUCGGCUGGCGUUUGGAAAUACUGCUUCUGCAGCGAUCUACUCAAAGGCAGGACUACUGUUCUGGUCACCCAAGUCCCUUGGAUUGCGUCUCAAGCAGAUCUUUCCAUCUUAUUGGACAGAGGCCAGGUCAAGAGCGCGGAACCAAACAUUGGUGUUGUUCGCCAACCAAUUACAAUUGCCGAAGUUUUGGGAGGAGAUGACGAUGACACCGAAGACGAGACUCAAGUCGGAACAGAAACCCCUCCUGAGCCAGAAUUACAGGCCAAUGGCGAUGCCCUCAACGAUCCUGCAAAGGUUGCCAACGAGGUUUCGGCAAAUGACAUUGUGAACCAAGAAAUGAAGGCAUCAGGCAGGAUUGGCCGGCUUGAGGCCUUGCAGUAUAUGAGAUACUUUGGCCAUCCAAUCUUUGCCAUCUCCAUUUUGGUUGGUCUCGCCGGCUCCAAUGUCUUCUUCUUUGCCUCUAGCUACUGGAUGGGUAUCUGGGUUGAUGCAUACAACAACAAUGCCCAUGUAGACAUUGCUUACUACAUGGGUAUCUACGCCCUCUUUACCUUUUCCGAAAUCAUUUCUUUUGGAUUUGUCAUUGUUGCUUUCGAAUGGGGAGCGUGGCGUGCUGGUCGCAAACUUCACAAUGAUUUUAUUCGAGCAAUUAUGCGCGUCCCGCUAUCAUGGUUCAAGACGAUUCCCAUCGGCCGCAUUACCAAUCGAUUCUCUGGCGACAUGGCUUCUAUCGAUUCUGGGCUUAGCUCUAUGCUCCGAGUGACGUUUGACUCGGUCAUGAUGCUGUUUGCUCGUAUCGCUGCGGUCAGCUCGAUUAUGCCAAUCUUCAUGCUGCCAGCCCUCAUCACCUGCUUUUUUGGCGUCGUGAUUGGCGAGAUGUACACACGUACGGCAGUCAUCAUCAAGCGGCUUUCUUCAUCCGCUCAGUCCCCCGUCUUCUCUCAAUUUGCUGAUACUCUGGCGGGCCUACCGAUCAUCAGGGCUAGAGCAGGUAUGAGCGAGACUUUUGGUCGUGAUUUAGCAGCUAAGCUGCGAGUGUGGUCAGCCGCGGCUGAGGCCAACUAUAACUGCAACCGUUGGGUGGCCAUGCGAGUGGAUUUUGUCACUGCCUUGGUGGCCCUCGUUGCUGGCAUCAUCGCCCUCUCAAAGGUGGGAGUCGUCGGUGCUGGUCUGGUGGGUUUCUCCCUGAACAAUGCCAACGGUCUGAGCCAAACUAUUCUUAUGCUGGUGCGAGCCAUGAACGAUCUCGAGGUAGAGAUGCAGAGCUUCCAUCGUGUCAAAGAGUAUGUCAAGUUGGAACCUGAAGGAAAAGACGACGUGACAUAUCCCGAAGAAGGAGAAUACGCGGAUGACGAUAGUCAUGUAAUUCCCAAGAACUGGCCACGCUCAGGCGAGAUUGAGUUUCGCAAUGUCACCAUUAGAUAUGAUCCGGAUGGCCCCAAUAUUCUUACAGAUGUCAAUCUCAAGUUCAGGGCGGGAGAGCGUGUUGCGGUGGUAGGACGAACGGGCUCUGGUAAGAGCACUCUGGUGUUAUCUCUCUUGCGAUUUACCCACAUUGUUUCUGGCCAAAUUCUUUACGAUGGCAUCGAUAUUACAAAAGUUCCUCGACGAAAAUUACGUGAAGGCCUUACAAUCAUCCCCCAGGAGGCGACAUUGUUUAACGGAACCGUGGAAUCCAAUCUUGACCCUACCGGCCGCGUUCCAGAGGAGAUACUCGAAAAGGCAUUGGAGAAUUGCAGGGGUAUCGCAUCCUUUUCUAGCGACGACUCUUCUGACGAGACUAUUGCCGAUGGUGUUGAUGACCGCUCCACUCACAAACAGUCUCAGGGUAUCUCCCUAUCGACACAAGUAGAUUCACGCGGAGAGAACUUUUCCCAUGGCCAACGCCAAGUAUUGUCGCUCUGCCGCGCGCUUAUUCGACAAAGCAAGCUGAUGCUGCUGGAUGAGGCAACGGCAAGCAUGGACUACGAAACGGACAAGGGUAUCCAGCAAGUGCUCCGAACUGAACUUGAAUCUGCGGGCAAAGACCGCACACUCGUGACGAUUGCCCAUCGCCUGCGAACUAUUAUCGAUUACGACAGUGUUGUCGUCAUGGGAGCUGGAAAAGUAGUUGAAUAUGGCUCCCCUCGAGAGCUGUACCACUCUAAAGGUUUGUUUUACGACAUGAUAUAUCACAGUGGUGAGAUGGAAGAAUUGCAGGAGAUAUUAGAUGAUAAAUAA